AUGGAUCAGCACCAGUCAUGGAUGGUCAUGAUAGAGCCACCGCGCAAGGCUUUCUGCAGGAUCUGGGACAUCGGCCGAGAGAACGUGGACGCCGAGACGGCCUUUCGCACCCGUCUGGAAGGGCUCAUGAAGGUCGAUGGGGUCAUCUACACUUUGAUCGACCAGUGUCGCUUCGGCCCCCAGGUGUACCGCCCGAAGUUGGCAGAGAGAUUGGCUCUGUCCGUGGCUCGGAGUGCUCGGUCGGCUCGACAGGACACGGGCGUCCUCCUGGCGGAGAUCGCCGGCGUUCCCGCCCCCAUUGCCAUCCCCGCCCGCGCGAGGCCGCCGGAGACGGACGGGGACGUCCAGCAUCAGCUGCCGCCGCGUCUUUCGGCCGGCCCGAUAGAGAUAGAUACCUUCUUCGUGACGACGCAGGACCAGCAAGUCCCAUUCUUGAACGCGGUGUGCCACGGCACUAAUUUCAAGGUCGUCUCCAAGUACGAGGGCCCGGAGGCCGAGCGCGACAGGUCGAGAUCUCCAGAUAGGCGUGGAAACCUGAUUCUCUUGGCCGACCCCGACCCGGACGUUCCCGACGCCCUGGCCCUUUUACAUGAGGAGAAGCAGGAGGACGAGCAGGACGUGUUUGAGACGUUCUCCGAGUCCAUGAAUGAACACGUGUCUUCUGCGGUUGGAAUGGUGACUGGUGACCUCAAGAACGCGUGCUGCCAAAGUGACGAGUCGGAGCGCGAGUCAGGUCGGGUUCCAUUAUCCAAGAGUACGUGCUUCAGAAUCCUGCUGGACUUCCAGACGGGCGGCCCCGGCCGCGCCCGGAACAGCGCGUCGCCCUCCACGGACCCGCGCCUCAUCCCGCUCCGCACGUUCGCCAGGGCCCGCGGCGCAGCCCCGAGGCGUGAG